AUGGCAGAGCAGAGAAUCACGCCGUGGGACGUCGAGGUUGUGUCUACAGACGAAGUGCCUGUGGCCAUUGAUUACGACAAGAUAAUCAACCAGUUUGGGUGUGAGAAGUUUAACCAGGCCCUUGCGGACCGUUUGGAAAAGCUAUCAGGCAAGCCGGCACACUAUUUUUUUAGAAGAGGCAUAGUCUUUGCACAUAGAGACUUCAACCUUCUUCUUGACGAGAUAGCCAACAACAGGCCGUUCUAUCUGUACACCGGAAGAGGCCCCAGCUCGAAAACCAUGCAUAUCGGGCACACCAUUCCCUUUCUUCUAUGCAAGUAUAUGCAGGAUGCCUUCAAGAUACGCCUUGUGAUCCAGAUAACGGACGACGAAAAGUUCCUGUGGAAAAGCAUGAGGCUCGAGGACGCCAUGGCAUAUGGAAGAGAAAACAUCAAGGACAUUGUGGCACUUGGGUUUGAUCCAAAGCUGACAUACAUAUUCUCCAAUGUCGAGGCCUCCCACCACUUCGAGGAAAACAUUUUGAAGAUAUCAAAGACAAUCAAUCUCAACGAGGCGAUCAAGGUCUUUGGAUUCGAUAUGUCGAGCAACAUAGGACAGGUGGGGUUUCCGGCAAAGGAAAUAGCGCCCUGCUUCUCAAGCUCCUUCAGAUUCAUCGGAAAGGGGGCCAUGUGCCUCGUUCCUGCAGCAGUCGAUCAGGACCCGUUCUUUAGGCUGGCAAGAGACAAAGCAAAGGCGCUAGGAGAGAAGAAGCCCUCGUCCAUAUAUGUAUCACUCCUCCCGGAUCUUAAGGGAGUGAACAGAAAGAUGUCUGCCAGCGAUCCAAACAGUUCCAUAUAUCUGGAUGAUGCCCAGGAUACAAUAAGGAAGAAAAUCAUCGCAUAUGCCUAUUCGGGAGGCAGGAAGACGCUGGAGGAGCACAGAGAAAAGGGGGGAGACAUUGACGUGGAUGUCCCGUUUGAAUAUCUGAAAUACUUCCUGGACGAUGACCAGGAGCUUGAGAAGUAUCGCUCGGGAUACAUCAAGGGAGAGAUUACUAGUAAGGAAAUGAAGGAAAAAUGCGUUGUUGUAAUACAGGAGUUUGUGUCGAGGUACCAAGAGUCCAGGAAAAGAGUCACCGACGACGAUUUGAGGGCAUUCAUCGAUAUCAAUAAAUUCUAG